AUGGAGAAGGACAGUCGACUCGCCGUGGCCGACGUGGACGUCAGAUUCGACACUCGCAUGCCAUCUCAAACACGAGACUGGUCACAGUAUAGCUAUCGCUGGAGACCAUGGCGACAGAGAAUCACCGGUUUCACCGAAAUAGUCGAAGCCAACUACCAAGGAGGCGGCAACCCCAGAGACCCCUUUAUCGUGAAAUGGCUGGACACCGAUCCCGAGGACCCUCAAACCUACAGCACCUGGUUCAAAGUCACGAACCUCAUCAUCUGCGGUCUGAUGUGUUUCUGCAUCACCCUCGCCUCCUCCGCAUACACCGCGGUAGCUGAGCAGGUCAUGGACGAAUUCGAUUGCAGUCAAGAAGUCUUCUUAGUGGGUCUAAGCCUCAUGCUCGUUGGAUUCGCGCUUGGCCCUCUUGUUUUCGCACCUUUGAGUGAAGCUUUUGGCCGGAGGAAUGUAGUGUUGGCUACGUUGGCCAUCCAUACUCUGUGGGCAGGAUUGUGUUGUAUGGCCCGGAACAUCCAGACGUUACUUGUGUUUCGUUUGUUUUGUGGAAUCUUUGGAUCUCCAGCGCUGGUCAUUCCUGCAGGUCAGCUUGCCGACAUCUUUGGGCCCAAGGAGCGAGGACUGGCAAUGGCAGUAUUUGCUGCGGCCCCGUGGCUUGGCCCAACAGUGGGCCCAAGUAUAGGAGGAUAUCUAGGGCUAGCAGCUGGAUGGCGCUGGGUUAUGGGCUUUCUUGCUAUCUUCGCGGGCGUACUGUGCAUUCUCGGCGCCGUCUUCGUCCCCGAAACAUAUGCCCCAAUCCUGCUUAGAAAAAGAGCACAGCUCUUAUCCAAAGUUACAGGGAAGACAUACAUUACAGCCUUGGAUGAGGACCAUCCAUACACAUUCAAAGACAUGCUAAAGCGCUCUCUGAUCCGCCCGUGGGCCCUUUUAUUUCGAGAGCCAAUAGUGCUGCUUCUCUCGACAUACAUGGCCGUCGUCUACGCAUUUCUCAACCUCAACUUUGCGGCCUUUCCUAUAGUCUACCAAGAGGGGUAUGGAUGGAAUGCAGGACAGGGUGGCCUGGCCUUCUAUGGAAUACUGGUAGGUAUUUUGAUUGGCAUCGGCUUGAUGUAUUUCGACAACAGACGGUAUAUCUGCGCGUACAAUGCUACUGGUGGCUUCGUGCCUCCGGAAACAAGACUUCCAACUGCUAUUGUCGGCGGUGUCAUUGCCAUCAUCGGCCUGGCCUGGUUCGCUGCAACAGCAGAUCCGACUUUCCACUUCCUCAUCCCGAUCUCCUCGGGUGUUCCAUUCGGAGUGGGCUUCAUCCUGAUAUUCCAGGCUUGCUUCAAUUAUCUGUACGUUCUUCAAGACCCGCCUUCUUUUUCCAGCAACCUUGAUAGGUCUCAUGCCUCUAACGCUCAGAUCCUUCGUGACAGUGUCGACUCGUAUGUGAUCUACACCGCCAGCGUGACCGCUGCCAAUAUCGUUCUGCGUGCUACGCUUGCCGCCGCCUUUCCGUUGUUCACGCCUAAGAUGUACGAUAAUUUAGGGGUACACUGGGCCUCUGCUGUGCCGGCUUUUAUCGCACUCGCCUGCUUCCCAUUUCCCAUCUUCUUCUGGAAGUAUGGAGAGAGGAUAAGGAGGAGAUGCAGGUAUUCCGCAGAGGCGGCGAAGUAUUUAGAUGCUUUGAAGAGUGAUCGCGAGAAGAGAGUGGCGGUUGUUGGUGAGAAAAGCUUGAACGGAGAGGUGCUGGCUAUGAGAGUGAUGGAGCCCAUACUGGAGGAGCGUCGAAGGAGCCAAGAGCCGAAUGAGGAGGACGGAGUACACCCUGAGUGA